AGCAUAUUUUAUCGGGCAGAAAUUGAGAAUUGCCUCUCUCGCAAUCGCUGGCGGCUACUGAAGCAGAGAGACAAAACCGCAAAAAAUUCAAAUGGAGAAGAAGGUUUUGGUUCACUACAACCACACCGAUCCCUGCGCAUUUGCACGCUGGACUACCAAAGAAAGCUUCCAGUUCAUGGCCGCCCGGCCAUGGCAACAGGUCAUCGAUUUUUACACCUACGUGGUCACGGGCCGGAAGCCCCUGUCCGCCUUGUUGGGCAAUGCUUGUUUGACUAGGAGUAAUUUAUGCAAUAGGCUGGAGAGUGUUCCACCUUCUCAAGAUAAGGGUGGGAGGUGGGCUCGACUGACAUUCAAGAUUGUUGUUUCGUACCAUGGCGGUUCGUUUGAUGGGUGGCAGAAGCAGCCAGGACUCAAUACUGUUCAAAGUGUGGUGGAAAAAUGUCUGGGGAAAUUUGUUGAUGAGAGGAAAGCCAAGCAGCUGAGAGAUAAAGGUUUACCAUUAGAAGCGGCUGCUGUUGUAGCUGGGCGCACUGACAAAGGAGUGACUGCCCUUCAUCAAGUUUGUUCUUUUUAUACUUGGAAUAAGGAUGUUAAAUCUCAAGAUAUUACAAAUGCCAUUAAUAGUGCAGUACCAGGAAAACUCAGGGUUGUAUCGGUUACAGAGGUAUCACGGACCUUCCAUCCAAAUUUUACUGCCAAAUGGAGACGCUAUGUAUAUAUAUUUCCAUUUAAUGAUGAGGAGGACAUGGAGCAAAGUAAUCAGAGUGGAGGGAAUGCUCAAAACUUUAAGAGUACACAAAAUCGUCAUGAGAAUGAAAAUGGGUGUGAUCAAUGCAGUGAGACAAAUGCUGGAAAUUUAAUUAUCAAUGAUAAUGAAGACAUCGGAAUUGAGAACAAACCUCGGAAAUUCAGCUUAAGCAGGGUGAACCAACUUUUACAGAAACUAGAAGGAAAGUUAUUAUCAUAUAAGAUGUUUGCACGUGAUACCAAACCAUCCAGAAAUGUGGGUCCUCCAACAGAGUGUUUUGUCUUCCAUGCUCGAGCUAAAGAAUCCAAAUUACCAUGUUCAGAGCAUGAAAGAGGAAGCAGAGUGAUGUGCUUUGAACUAGUUGCUAAUCGAUUCUUACGGAGGAUGGUUCGGGUUCUUGUGGCAACUGCAAUAAGGGAAGCAGCUGCAGGUGCAGAUGAGGAUGCAUUGCUAAAGUUGAUGGAUGCUACAUGCAGACGUGCCACUGCUCCACCGGCACCCCCUGAUGGUUUAUGUCUUGUUGAUGUGGGUUAUGAAGAAUUUGACCCUCAAGAUUGCCUUAUCUCGAAGGAGUGAAUUCACUAUGAAGUUCAUGUAGAUGCAACUAACCGAUCUCGUAAAAUUGAUUAUGAGAAGCAAAUAGGUUAAGAAAGGAGCUCCAUGGUUUUGAUGAAAAUAUAUUCGAUGGAAAUGCAAAUUAUUCAGAGGACUUCAAACUUUGUAUCAAAUACGCUCUCUUUGUACUAAUGCUUCAAUUGUCACAUGUAAACCCUUGCUGCAGAAUUUUAUACAGAAAUGUCAAAUUUGGUUGUGACUU